GCAAACGACAGACCAAACGUGGGUGGCCAUCACUACUUGUACACCGAAAACACACAUUUUAGACACUUUCGCUGCUACUAAAGUGUAAAGAGGACAAACAUUAUACCUUAACGUGAGAUGUGGUUCAAUCUCUGAGCUAACAUUUAUCCGGACGUUUACUUGUGAUUUUGUUUUUGGAUCAGUACAAUGCGUUACAUGGAAAACGGGAGCAGUUACGUCGAGACGGUAGCCGCACCGGCAUCCUACUACGAGGACCAGAAGAAGUUCAUGGCUGGUUCGCCCAAAACGGAGCUGGUGGACCGAGCUAGUCCCGAUAUAUUGAACGUUACAGAGGAUGACGAUGAUCAUCCUGGAAUGGAUAGCAUCCGAUCGGACACGGGACGCUUAGAUAAGUUGGAGGUUUGUCUUCGGGACGAUUCGGACUCUGACUGCAGUGGUGAUCUCUCUCGGGAUCUCGAGGACUCCAGUGAUAAACUUGACGAGGAUGAACAUUCGACCGGGAAAGGCAAAAACAGUGUCGUAAAGCCUCCGUAUUCUUACAUUGCUUUGAUUACUAUGUCGAUUUUACAAUCACCGCACAAGAGACUGACGCUUAGCGGAAUUUGCGAGUUUAUCAUGAGCAGAUUCCCAUACUAUCGAGAGAAAUUCCCAGCGUGGCAGAACAGUAUUAGACACAACCUGUCGCUCAAUGACUGCUUUGUAAAAAUUCCCCGUGAGCCUGGAAACCCUGGUAAGGGCAACUACUGGACCCUUGACCCCGCAAGUGAGGAUAUGUUCGAUAACGGAAGCUUCUUACGGAGACGUAAGCGCUUCAAACGUAUGCAUGAAUUACAAAUGGCGGCGGCGGCUGCUGCCCAUCAUCAGCAGGUAUCGUUUAUGGCCGACCCGUACGGUCAUCAUGGACUUCUUGGCAACCUUGCGCAUCAUCACUCACUGCCGUACCCUUACAUGGCACCCAUGCCGCCACCCUUGCCCAUUCUGCAUCCCAGUCACGGGAACGAUCUCAGUAGGGUAACCUCCUUAAACCCGUUAAGUUUUGGCGGACUUUCUCAAGCCCAAGUAUCAUCAUCAUCAUCAUCAUCAUCAUCUAGUUCUACAACUACUCCUAAUACUCCUAGUCGCGGAGGCUUCUCCAUAGACUCUAUCAUUGGCACGUCCAGUGAACCAAAAACAUCAACAAUCCCAUCAUUUCGACCCCCUGUGACAGCAGCAAUGACGACGGGUCUCCCUCCUUCCUUGAGGCCCUAUCUCAGCCUGGAUCUAACGAGGCCCACGAACAGUAGUGUCAGUGCUUUUACGUCUCCAUUCCCUAUGACGAUGCCAGCGAUUACAGCAAUGGACUUGGAAAAAUAUCGGCAAUAUGUGCAAUCUUGUAGCAUGGCUGCUGCUGGAUGGCCGCGGUAGGGCAACACGGACUCGGGCCAUUGUCGACCCUCUGUGUAUGAACUGUGUUAUAUGAAGUCACAAAGUCAUUUCAAUGGAGGACAGCAUUCCGUGUACAGUGUUUACAUACAUUCGUGAGCAGUAAAUCGAUGCCAUCUUAAUCUUUGCAGAGAUAGGAAUAACCUAAUCGAAGGUGGGUAAAUGCAGGACUUUCAAUUCACGGUAUAGUCGAAUCAUACCGGUAUGAGCUUUCACUAACUUUGCCCCUUAGGUGAGACACUACCAAAAAACGAUGUCGAACCCACGAUGAACUGCGGACGUGUCUCUUGCAUUUUGUACUUUUCUACAUCAAUGAAGUGAAAAUCAAAAGCUAAGCAAAGCUUCCCGUGUGUAAUGACAUGAUAAAUGGUUAUUUACUUUAGGCCCUACAUGUAUGUGCUUUUAAACCAAUAUUGCACACGUCAUGAUGACAUUUAUAUCAAUCUCAAUUUCAUUGCUUUCUCUGUUCAGUGCGUUCAGGAAUUUUCCUCUGACCAUGAUUCAGGUCCUGCAUUAUUACGUCGGACGCCAGUACUAUGAAACAGGCUCAUGAAAUGCUUCCCCAGAGUUGCGAAUUUAAAAAUUAAAUCAAUGACAAACAUACCCCUAUGAAAGUUUAAUACGCCUCUUCAUCACUGUAUGUACUUUUAAAUCUAAAGGUUGGGCUGUCAUUUUUGUUGUUCUAACGAUUCCAAAUCAUUAUGUUGUGUUGUAGCCCUUGGAUUAUUAGCUUACUUAUCAAAAGAGAGCAAAUCGUUUCUUCAAAAUAUUGUAUUGGGGCUUCAGAUUUGGAAAUAUUGAUAAAAGUCAUUUCAAAUUCACCGGUUCCAUCGCAUUCUCGACUUUAGCAGCAACACUAUAGCAACUUACAUGUACCAUUUAGUCUUGCCUCGAAUUAAUAUGAAAUUACCCUGUGUCUUCGUAUAGUGCAGUUCAAUAUGUAAGAUUUGUACAUUUGAUAAUUUAUAUUUGAUUACCUUGGAGGUGGGUUUGCCACACUUCACACUUCUAGUUUGAUUGUUUUAACAACACUAGUCCUGGCAUUUACUGAGUUUGUGAUAACUGCCAUCAUUUAAUGAUAAAUGUUGUUACAACAAUCUCACUAUGAGAAUUUUGACUGUAUGAUCACGAAUCAUACUAAAAAGAAUACUUUUGACGAACAGUGUGUCAGUUGACGUUAGUGCUAGAAAUAAUAAUAAAGAUGUGACCAUACUAUUUGUGACCAACUUACUGUGUAUUCUAAAAUUAGCCUGUGUCUGAAUUGAAAUUUUGUAACUUUGCGGUUAUGUUUGGUUUUGCAUUUUGAAGGGAAGAAUGUCAUUUUCUGAAAAUAAGUUCUUACUCUUCUAACCUGAUAUACCUUGCUCCGUAUCCGGUGUCAUUGCGUUGAUCCCUUUCUGGUGAAGUUCGGGCAUUAAAUUAUUUGUCUUGCACAAGAAAGAACAAAUGUGUUUUUCCAAAGUCUUGUCCCUUAGUUUUGGAAAUAUCAAUUUGUUUCAAGUUAAUAAUCUUAGCAACCCCAGUUGCUGCUCUCAUUUGACGACUGUUCUCAUAAAUUACCUUAACCUUGAAAAACAUUUUAAUUGACCCAUCUACACUAUUCGACCGAUCAGACCGAAUGUGCUGCCAUAUUCUUAAGUUUGCUGUAAAUCUCUUAUUACCGGGUAUGAAAAAAGGACGAUUCUCAGAUUUGAUUUUUAAAAGGUUUUGCAAAAAUUAUUGUGUGUAAAAUUUGAUCAUAUCCUUGUUGGUGAUGUGACGCAGUAUGGUGUAAAGUAUAUGUGGAUUAUAAUAUAAUGUGUAUUGUAAAGAUGCCGUGUAAAAUAUAUUUUGUCUAUGAAA